AUGAGUUCGAUUGCCAGAGAGAUCCAACCUAUGAUUGAAAGCAAUCCAAACAUGCCAAUUCAAGCAAUCCAAAGUCAACUGCUUCGGAAGCAUCAACUUGAAAUAUCACUACAUAAGGUCUUCAGAGCCAAGAGGAUAACAACUACGAAUAUCUAUGGUGAUUACCAAGAACAGUAUGGCCUGCUAAGGUCAUACUGUGAUGACCUUCUAAAAGCCAACCCAGGUAGUACAAUUAAAAUUGAUGUGGAGCCAUGUGGGAACUCAACUAGUCCUACAAGGCAGUUUCGAAGGGUUUAUUUUUGUUUUGCCUCUAUGAUGAGAGGAUUUAAGAUGAUUGGAAGACCAUUGUUGGGUGUGGAUGGUUGUUUCAUGAAAGGUCCAUUUCCUGGACAGAUCUUGAGUGUUGUUGGUAUUGAUGGGAACAAUAGCAUAUAUCCAGUUUGUUAUGCCCUUGUUGAGGCAGAAACAACACAAACCUGCAAAUGGUUUUUGCAACUGUUGAGAGAUGACCUAGGGUGUACGGCUAACUCUUGUUUCACCUUCAUCGGUGACAGACAAAAGUGUCUGAUUCCUGCUAUGCUAGCUGUUUUUCCUAAUGCUGAGCACAUAUUUUGUUUGAGGCACAUUCAUGAGAACAUGAAAUCCAAGUGGCGUGGAGAUCUUUACAAGAAUUUGCUUUGGUCAGCCGGAAGGAAGAAAUCUAUUCCAUACUUUAACAAAGCUAUGGAAGAAAUUAAGACAACGAAAAGAGCUAUGAAGUGGGAUUUGACAGGGAUGCCUUGCAUACAAGCAGUUGCCGCCAUAUGGGAUAUGUCAAGGAAUAACAUUGAUGUUGGCAUACCAGAAGACUGGAUGGAUGAACCAAUUAACGGGUCGGAGAUGUGGACUCCUUCAGAGUGUCCAACAACACUCAUCCCACCAAAGCAUCAUACACAAGUUGGAAGGCCAAAGAAGAAAAGAAAGAAGGCAUAUGGUGAAAAAGAGCUUGAGCAGGAGUUCGACAAAGGAGGUAAAAUGACCAGAAAGGGUAGUAGCAUCAAGUGUGGUAAAUGUGGGAAUAUGGGUCACAAUGUCAGGAGCUGCAAAGGACAAGGGGGUGAACAAUCCACUGCUUCACAGGAAUCACACACUGCCACUCAAGGUGCACCAAUUUACAAUCUUCAUGAGUGA